GAUCUAUCAACCCUCAUCAUAACAUGCCAUUCUCUAGAACAAGGACGGGCUGCUUUACUUGUAGAGAGGAUGGAUACAAGUGCGACGAGAAAAAGCCGUUUUGUGGUAGAUGCAUUCGACUUAAUAAGGCAUGUAAGGGUUAUGGAGUUAGACUCAAGUGGCAAACCCCCGAAGGGUUAUCCAAAUCAAAGCUGACCAAAAACAAACGACAUCAAAGACGUUCUCCCGACGAUGAGACUAUCGUCCCUGACCCUUCCCGCCAAGUUAUAAAGCCGGACCCGUCAUGCAUAAUACCAAACGAUGUUCGUCCACUGGAUCGUUAUCUGCUUAAUCAUUGGUCAACGACAUUGGCAACGAUGGUCUCCAUGGUAUCGGCCCCUCGAAAUCCAUUUCUUAUUCAUCUUAGCCCGAUGACAUCGCAUUCGAUAGCCCUUCGAUCUAUUCUGUGUUCCAUAGCAGCUUGCCACUUAGCGAUAUUGAAAAACGAUGAUUCGCUUCAUACCUUAGCGACUCGUCAUCGACUUAUCGCUGUCUCCUCAUUGCGACAGACAAUUCAGAUUGAUAGCCCGGAGUUAUCACUUGCAGCUAUCUUAAUGCUGCAGGUUUCCGACCGGCUCUUCAUCAUGGAUACCGGAGUUGACCAUUUAUCGGGGGCAAAGGCGCUCAUCAGCCAGGGAGGGGUGAAUGGGCGAAAUAGCUCGAACGCCUCAUUUCUUCUCAGCCUAUUCUCUUAUUAUGACGUUCUGACCUCCGUUUCUCGAGGUACAAGUCCGGUAUUCGAAUUUGACGGCAGGUUUCCCAUUGAGGGUAUAGAAUCUAUGAGAGAGCUUACCUCCGUCCUACGAAUCGUAGGGCAAAUCAGUAGAAUGCGGAGUCAAGUUGGUGAAGAACUUGAUGCGAGUGGCCGCGCCGUCGAGGAGAUACUCAAUACGCUGGACGAGAGUGACGGUACAAUAGGGGAUGCGGGGCUUACGGUACAGGCCUACAAACAUGCUGCAUUCGUAUACCUCUACCGAGUGUGGUAUAACCAAGGUGCGCCACAUCCUAUAGCGCUGAAACAUGUGCGUAGCUGUCUCAGCCAUCUCGAUUCCGUCCCGGUUAGCUCGCCUCUCGUAUCCGCUCAAGUUUGGCCUCUCUGGACAUCUGGCUGCGAAACGAUUGACCCCGAUCAACGCCAGUUUGUGCGGGACAGGAUUGAUGCUAUGUAUGAAGCUCGCCACCUUCCUUCGCUUCGCCGGAUUAAACAGGAUAUUAUGGAUGUAUGGAAAAUCAAGGACGAGCAGCGGAAUGCGAUCGGGGUAGAUAACGUGGACUGCAUCAAGGCCAUUCUACAGAGACGACAGAGGGAAGCCGACCUUACCUGAUCGCCUGUAUGAGUACCGCGAUAGUAGCAUCCAUUCUAUGUUCGAUUUACGCACUUACAAGACCACGACUAUUUAACUGUCGGAGAAUGGGUAGGAUAUUAAUUUUCGCCCCAAUGCAAAAAUACAUUGGCUACCAACCGACAUUUAUGUCUUCGGUUGUAUCUAAGGUAUCUUUACCAUGCCAGCUUUAUACGAAGCAUUCGAUAUUGUCGCAUCGACUCUACGCGAACCUUGAAUACGAUUAUUCGUAUAGGUUCCAUUGUACCAUUGUAGAUUAAGAUAAUUGAUCCUUUACUGAUCCUACUUGUUGAUUUAUAAUUACUUUAACGUC